UGGUUCCGGAGACAAAGCCGUGGCUAUUGGCCCCAAAUUUGGGGCUGCCUUGGGAGACGACCUUCUUCGACUUGCCAUAGUACAUCACCAUGAACCUCGCAGGAUCUUGCCUAUGACUGUUCCCAUUGUGUUAGACCACGCAGCGGCGAUAUUCAUGGCUGCACAAAUUGCACACAGGUGUGAUCAUGGAAACGGCGCGCGAGCCCACGCCAUCGUCGGCGGCGGCUGAGCGCACAUUCGCCCUGCCUGAGCUGCUUGAACACAUCCUCCUGUAUCUGCUUGAUGACCUCGUCGAGAUCGUCUACGGUACCGAUCCCCGGUCUGCCUUGUACGAAGAUGCAGCACACAUCCUUUCUCGCCUUCUUCGUUGCUCGCUAGUCAAUACGAUCUGGCGCCACUGCAUCCUGCACUCGAAGCGCCUUCAACGCUCACUCUACCUCGUCCCGCUCGCGAAGACAACACGGUCUUGGGAACGCCAUGUUUCAGACUCUGAGAUUCUCCACGACCCGAAUCCAAGUCGAUUCUUCCCAACUCUAAAUCCAGUUAUCGUCACUACGUUCAGGAACUACCAUUUCCGCUUCUGGCGCCUUAGCUAUGGUGAUAGCGGCAUCAAGCCUUGUGCUUUCCUCAUCAUUGAGCGACGAGACAUGCCUGACGUAGAGAGCCGUGCCGCUACUCAUCAGGGCCGCACGAUAUCCGGAAUGCUGUUGUCGCAGCCACCUUGCAUGGCGAUGGAGGCGACCAUCUGGGACGAGAGAGACGAGACCAAGGAUUACGUUGGCCGUACAAUACUUCUGCGGGACGCAUCCAUUCAUCAGCAGGAUGGCCUGACGAUCGGUUAUGUGCACAAGAGGGUCGCAAAGAUGUUCGACGACCAUCCAGACGUCACUGCCAUCAAGCUGACAACACUGUGAGCUCUCUGCAUGCACACUGGUUUUGGCUUGACAACCACACAAGA